AUUGAACAUGAGGACUGUUAGUAUGUUGAACACAGGUUGAAUUUUCCUCAAAAGUGGGGCAUGUUGUCACACUUCAUUGAGUAUGUUGUUAGAAUGGAACCUGCCAUUAAACAGCCCAUUAUGAACUUUUGAACAAAAUCUAACCAGGUAAAAAUAAUAAAUUACAAAAUAUAAACAUUGUAAAACAAUUCUAAAACCAAUACAAUUCUUUAAACAUACAAAUAUCAAACUAUUUUGUCCAACAAAAGAGUAAAUUGUGUAAAUUCAUAAUAUUUAAAAUACAUGUGACAACUUGCCCCAAUAAAAACUUGCUCUAGACCUGACAUUUAUGAAGAAAUAGCCUUGUGUAACAUGCCACAGCUCACUUAAGAAGCAUAUAGGCCUAACUGUUGAGCAUGAGAAAGACAAAAAGGUGAUUUUGGCCUGUCCAUCAUCAGAAAUGAUCUUGACCUUAUCAGCUGUAUUAAAAUAAAUAUUAAGUUUGACCAAUAUAUUGUAGUAAAAGCUAUUUUUUGAAAAAUGCCAAAAAUGUAGGCUAAUAUUUCUCAUUUUGUGUAUAAGCAGUUUGCUGUGUUCUGUUUGCAAAAACGUAAGAUUCCUUAAAUUUGUGACUCCCAAGUAGAAAUAUAAUGAUGGGCAAUAAAUAUAAGUACAUUUUUAGCAGUGUUGACUGCACUCAUCAAACUAUUUAAUUGAUGUUUAUUGCUAGAAAUGAUAGGUUUAAACUGUAUUUCAACACAACUCAAAUGCUGGUUACAAGUCAGGGCAAACCUCAAAAACAAUGAGUAACAGAAAAAUAUUUAGUUUGACCUACUGAGAUUGACAUUAAACGUUUUCUAAAGGUAGCCUAGUCCCAUCUCUUUUUUACUGCCCUUUUUUUUUAGACAGGAAAAAAUAGACCUAGGCCUACUUUACUAUAUUUGUGGAAAGUGCAACAUGCUUUUCAAGUGGGUGUGACUAAAUGACAUGUCUUUAAGUGCUGUAAUAAACUACAGACAUUUGACGUUUUUUAAAUGAGCAUGGUCAAUUUUUGUUAGAUAGUAGUUUAUCAAGCAAAUUUGAUAGAUCUUGCAACAAAACAAGCAUGCAAUGCCUUUAAAAAAAAAAAAAAAAAAAAGUAAUGAAACAUCAAAGUGUACUGUAGGCUACCUUUAUAACUGCGCUGUGUAUUAGUGUGUGCUGUAACUUUGCAGCAUGUCAAAGCACAGGAAAACCAUAAUUUUUUUAAACAUGCAACAUUUCUGAACAGCAAAAAGAACGCAACUUUCUUAUAUGGUCACAGAAGCACAGCUGAGAGGCAUGUAAGUAGGUUUACAGCACGGUCAGGUAGACAGGAGGAAUGCGCGCGCGUCUCUUCCACUUUAAGAAGGCGGAUUCGCCUCUGCACACACUGUGUGUUUAUUACGAGCCUUGAAGUGGCACAUGGAAGCGAUACAGUCAAAUCCCUGUCUCUAAAUAUGGCGAAACCUACUGGCACUGACAGCACACGGAACGGCCGGGAAGUUUUUUUGAAUUCUGCAUUUCAUUACGACGAAGAGUAGAUGAGUUGCCACAUUUUCUGAGGAACUCUGGAGAGCUGAAGAUAGGUCAGAAGAGCAGAGACUGAGAUGGAAGAGCUGUCAAGCCCUAACAGACGCCAGUAAGCGGGUAUAUUCAGUGAAUUAGACGCGAUGGCAGCGUCCAGCAACUCCAGUCUGUCGGGUUCCUCCGUUUCUUCGGAUCCUGAAGAUUAUCAGCCACCGAUAUGGAAAUCAUACUUGUACCAGCUACAGCAGGAAGCACCAAGACCAAAGAGGAUCACAUGUCCUCAGGAGAUGGAGAGCAGACCCAAAUACUAUGGAAGAGAGUUCCAUGGUCUGAUUUCUAGAGAGCGUGCAGAUGAACUGCUGGCUGGUACAGAAGGUGCUUACCUCAUCAGAGAGAGUCAGAGACAACCAGGAACAUAUACACUUGCUUUGAGAUUUGGUGGCCAGACUCUGAACUACCGACUCUUUUAUGAUGGAAAGCACUUUGUGGGAGAGAAACGUUUUGAGUCAGUUCACGAUCUGGUUACAGACGGCCUCAUUACUCUCUAUAUUGAGACAAAGGCAGCAGAAUACAUCGCCAAGAUGACCACAAACCCCAUCUAUCAGCAUCUGGGCUACACCUCUCUCCUGAGGGACAAAAUCACUCACCGUCUCAACCGGACCCGCUCUGAACCCAAAAAAGUUACUUUCCAGCAGGAUGAAAAGAUCAGCCCGUCACCACUGAGCCGCCGGACCACAAUCAAGGACGGACCGGAGAAACACUGCAAUUAUGAGAAGAUCCACAACUUUAAGGUGCACACCUUCAGAGGGCCGCACUGGUGUGAAUACUGUGCAAACUUCAUGUGGGGUCUUAUCGCCCAGGGCGUCCGUUGCUCAGACUGUGGGCUGAACGUGCACAAACAGUGCUCCAAACUCGUGCCCAGUGACUGUCAGCCAGACCUCCGCAGGAUCAAGAAGGUCUUCAGCUGCGAUCUCACCACGCUGGUCAAAGCCCACAACACACCACGGCCGAUGGUUCUGGACAUGUGUAUCAAAGAGAUCGAGCACAGAGGUUUGAAAUCAGAGGGUCUGUACAGAGUGUCAGGCUUCACAGAACACAUAGAAGAUGUCAGACUGGCCUUCGAUAGAGAUGGUGAGAAGGCAGACAUCAGUGCCAAUAUCUACCCAGACAUCAAUAUAAUUGCUGGAGCUAUGAAGCUUUAUUUGCGAGAUCUGCCCAUUCCAGUUAUCACAUAUGAAGUCUACUCCAAAUUUAUUCAAGCGGCCAAAAUAACAGACUCUGAUUCUAGACUGGAGGCAGUUCAUGAUGUUCUCCUCCAACUUCCUCCAGCCCACUAUGAGACCCUGCGGUACCUGAUGACACACCUGAAGAGGGUCACCAUGUACGAGAAGGACAAUUACAUGAACUCGGAGAACCUAGGAAUCGUUUUUGGCCCAACACUCAUGCGGCCCCCGGACCUGAACACACUCACCACUCUCAACGACAUGAGAUACCAGAAACUGAUAGUUCAGCUCCUGAUAGAGCAUGAGGACAUCUUGUUUUAAACAGCUGAAAUGAAGACAUUGUUAAAAACCUUAAAGAGCGUGUACAUUUUAAAAAGCAGCCUGCCACACAUUUCAAAGAUAUUAUGUUUUCUCUCUUUUGCAUACAAAAUUUGGACUUAUAUGCACAUUUCACUCAAUGUGUUUCAGUUCCCCAAACAAAUACUGUUAAGCAUGGAGUAAAUGAACAUUCGUGUUGAAAACAGAAUUAAUUAUUAUUGAUGGGCAUUUUAGCAGUUCACCCAAAAUGAAAAUUACCAGAAAAUUUGGAUGUAGAUGAGACCCUCUGCAGUAAAUGGGUGCCGUCAGAUUCAGAGUUCAAACAGCUGAUAAAGACAUCCUGAUAAUCCACAAGUAAUCCACACGACUCCAGUCCAACAAUUAACAUAUUGUGAAGAGAAAAGCUCUUAACAAGACGUUAAUUGAUUAUGAUAAUUGAUGAACUGGAGUUGUGUGGAUUAUUACAAUGUUUUGAGCAGCUUUUUGGACUCUAAUUCUGACGGCACCCAUUCACUGCAAAGGAUCCACUGGUGAGCAAAUGAUAUAAUGCUAAAUUUCUCCAAAUCUGUUCUGAUGAAGAAACAAACUCAUCUACAUCUAGAAUGGCUUGAGGGUGAUUAAAUAUUUAGAAAAUUUUCAUUUUUUGGGGUGGAUUCCUUUAAAUCGAAUUACAGUACCUUUUUAUACUGUAUGAAUCUAUGGUCAAUUAGCAUUGCGAAACAGACAUAUUGUCAAGUAUGAUUAAAAAAUAUAUAUAUAUUUUUGGGUCAUGAUGUUGGUAAAUGUAUGUGUGCUAUAAAGGCAAGACAGUUAAGAUCAUGUGUAAAGCACUUUUUAAUUUUACAUGGAGUGUAAAUAGUUAUUUUUUUGUUCACCGAGUGUUAAUGCUGUGUUUAACCCAUGCCUCCUUCAAAUUAUAUUUUGUUCGCCCUGACAACAAUUAAGUGAACUACGUCAUCACCCUGUGAAUGGACAAAAUGAUCCUGUGAGCUUAUAUUUAGUGCUUGUUCCUUCCUCCUUGGACUUGAUCCCAUUUCAGUGAUUUCGCUAAACAAAAUUAUAUGUAUUAUGUUCAUCUGGACUCCUGAGGCGAGAUCAGUUAUUCACCUUAAAAAAAAACAAAAGUCCACAUGUGGUACCAUCACCAUCAAAUUGUUUAUUUGAUAAAAGACCUUUUUACAGUUUUUUUGAAGAUAUUUCUGUGAAUGAUUGUAAUUAUGAUUGUAAUUUAUCAAAUGCUGAUUUAUUAAAUUAUGCAAAUCUG